AUGCAUCUCCCCACCGUCCUUCUCACCCUCACCACGACCGUCGGCCUCGCCGCCGCAGACUCGUACUUCUGCCGCCCGGCUCUGGAUAAAACGGGCUUUUUGCAGAAGGCAUACUGCUGUACUACGUUUAUCGAUGUCCCCGGAAACGAUGUGGGCAAGAUCUCAGAAGGAUGUACGAAAAUGGGCGAGGAUGUUCGAGAGCUCUGUGACGACGGAAACACGCCGAAGUGCUGCUACACUAUUGGCCCGAAGGUAAUCUGCACGGCGGAGGCCACGCCUCAGUUUGGCCUGGACGGAUGA